GAAGAAAAUACCAUAGAAGAAGAAGGAACUGGAAGCUCCGAAAUUUUUGAGCCAAACACGUCAAAUAUUGUCGAUACGUGACAAUGUUGAGGUUUUUCCCCUCCCUGUGUUCUGUUUAUUAAGAAGCCACUCUGACGAGUUCCAGUGAAGUGAGAAGAUGAGCAUCUCCAGGCAGAGAGCAAGAGAGCUUGUGGCCAGUUAUGAUCUCACGUUGGAGCGGCAGAUUGUGGAAGGAGGCUCCCCCCUCGUGUGUAAGGAUGAAAACCUGCGGGCGCAGGUGCAGGCGUUGCUGAAGGACGGGGAUGCCCAGGAUGGCCACUGCCUAGGUUUGGAUCCGCUGCAGGUGAUGGAGAAGUCACUCAAAGCUGAAGCAACAAAGACAGCGUCCUGUGGAGGAGGAGCCAGAGGUGGUCUGCGAGGGCUGGCUAAAGCUUUUGAAGUCCUGGAACAAGCAGCCCUAAACUUGUACCUCGGACCCUGGAGGGAGGAGUACAAAUUUGUGAAGAUGUAUUCUGGUGUGUUCACACACUACAUCAAACCAGUUCUCACCCCCCCGCUGAUAGAGAAGCUGUUCGGCCUGCUGGGGUACCGGCCGUGUCUCGGACCACAUGAGCAGCUGCAACUGCAGUCCAGAGUUGGUGCCAGCUCUUUGGACAGUCUCUUGUCCUUGUCCUGUGCCUUCUUCUUGGCCCGCUGUGAGUGUUGCCUCCUGCUGGCAGCACUGGGAAAGCACAGUGGUGAUGCUCGGUGGGAGCUGAGCCUGGUGAUGGAGCGGCAGCAAGGACGCAACCUACAGGUGGCCUUGGACAACACCAGAAAGAAGCUGGAGGAGGAGGAGCAGGAGCAGCCGCUGGAGGUGAUGGAUGGAGAGGUGGACCUGGAUCUGUACACCGAUGAGAACAGAGAUUUGAAGGCACAGCUAGCUGUCGGCACACAUGAUGGUCCACGUUCUUUAACCUGGAUGAAUCAAAGUACUCCCCUGACUUCUGCUGGGAAAGCACGCAGCAAUGGAGUGACGUCCCUGUCCUCCACGCCCAGAGAGUCCAUCUGCAUCACCAUGCUCAACUGCCAGCUGAGCAGCUCGUCACCGCCAGCAUCCUACAGCACGGGUGCCUUUUCAGACACCGCAAAACAAACCCGGCACCCCCGCGAUGAGCAGACGUACAGAGAUGAUGCUCGGUCACACAGUCGUCGUGGCGAUAGGAUGUGUGAAGCAGAGCGCUUCAGCAGAUGUGGCGAGCAUGCUGAUGAAGGGGCCGAAGGCUGCAGUGCCUCGCCCAGCGUGCCCAGUGCCUUACGUCACCUCAACGAGCACAGUACAGCGCUACCUGCCGCCAAAGAUAUAAACUCGAGAGCGGUGUUGACACAGAGCGGAAGCAUCGGCGCUAGAGGUGUGGCUCCAGACCUCAUAGACAGCGGUCCGACCGCUGUCGCUCCAAACCCUCCGCACAUCUCUUUCCAUGCCUGCUGCGACCUGGUUGACCUGGAUCCCCAGGUCCUGUGCCGGUCUUGCUGGGUGUUCCACUGUAGCCCCUGCAGAGAGAUGGAGGUGUGCCAGUUGUACCACAAGGUGGAGAACCUGGGAGUGUGCUCCUGUGGAAGCACGUGUUCCAGGAACCCCUUAGUGCUGUGCAGGUACUGUGGAGCCGAGUACUGUUGCCACUGCUGGUACAGAAACCCUCUCAGCUGCACAUGCGGCCAAAUAUUUGACCAGUCGUCCUCCGUGUGACUGAGACGCAGACGGAGACCCCGGAGAGCCAGUGCCUUACAUCCACGCCACGGAACCAGUUCAUCCAGUCAGAAUGUGAACCGUUUGUUGCCUUGACAUGCUUAUGGUCGGGUACUGUUUUUACAAUCUGGUGCCAUUGUUUUCAGAACUUUGUUCUUUUUCAGAUCUGAAGUUGUUCUGAUGUUUUUGCCUGUAAAUGGCUGAAGCUGCUCCCUGCCUCUGAUUUCCAGGUGUGGUCCUGGACUUGUUCGGUGAAGGGUUCUGUGUGGUUUUU